GCAGACGGUGAUGCGGCGAGCAGUGGGUGUGCACUCUUGAACGCCGUGGGUGAAGAGAGAAGGAGCUGCAUCCUACCAGCCUCUCAGCCGCUCUAACUGAAGCUGACGGCGCGGAUGAUAUGUUGUUACUCCCCGCCGUCCGUCACCCUCUCUUGGUUUAAGUCGACGGAAUCGACCGACAGGACCCUGAGACCAUAGACACAUUUCUUUUCCUUGGUAGCAGCUGCGAGAGCCACAGAAUCAAGAUGAAAUUUCCGACUGAGAAUCCAAGAAAACCAGGGAACUCGAACCCUGCACCAGUGGCAGUUCAGACCAACCUGGUCCCCCCGAAGAAGGUGCAGCCAGGCAUGCUUCAGUCCAGCCUGGUGCAAGCCAGCGUGGCCACCAUGCAGAACCCGAUGGGCUGCGCUCUGCCACGGCUCUCUGUUUCCUCCCGCCCCGCGAGCAUGGUGGCCAGCAUGGAGGUAGUGGGUGAUGGCUCGGCUCCCUUCACCAUGAUGAAACUGAAGACGGUGCUGGCGGUGUUUGUGGUGGUGGUUGCUUACCUGGUGGCAGGGGGCCUGGUGUUCCGGGCGCUGGAACAGCCCUUUGAAAACAACCAGAAGAUCACCAUCACAGCAGAGAAGGCAGCCUUCUUGCAGAAACACACGUGUGUGUGUCCAGAUGAACUGGAGGCCAUCAUCAAGCACUCUGUGGAAGCUGUGAAUGCUGGAGUGAAUCCCAUCGGUGACACUUCCUACAACUCCAGCCACUGGGAUCUGGGCAGUGCCUUCUUCUUUGCUGGAACAGUCAUCACAACCAUAGGUUAUGGUAACAUUGCCCCGAGCACUGAGGGAGGGAAGAUUUUCUGCAUUCUUUAUGCAAUAUUUGGCAUCCCGCUGUUUGGAUUCCUGCUGGCAGGUGUCGGGGACCAGCUUGGCACCAUAUUUGUCAAAAGCAUUGCCAAAGUGGAGAAGAUGUUCCGGAAUAAACACAACCAGAUCAGUCAGACUAAAAUCCGUGUGGCGUCCACCCUCCUCUUCAUCCUGGCGGGCUGCAUCCUGUUUGUCACCAUUCCUGCUGUGAUCUUCAAACACAUCGAGGGCUGGACGGCGCUGGAGUCGACAUAUUUUGUGGUCAUCACUCUGACAACAGUUGGAAUAGGUGACUAUGUGGCAGGGGGGGACCGCAGGAUUGAGUACCGGAAGUGGUACAGACCACUAGUGUGGUUCUGGAUCCUGGGUGGUCUAGCCUACUUUGCUGCUGUGCUGAACAUGAUUGGUGACUGGCUGAGGGUGCUGUCCAAAAAGACAAAAGAAGAGGUUGGAGAGAUCAAGGCUCACGCAGCAGAGUGGAAAGCAAACGUGCGAGCAGAGUUCCGGGAGACACGUCGGCGUAUGAGUGUCGAGGUCCAUGACAAGCUACAGCGAGCUGCCACCAUCCGGAGCAUGGAGAGGCGGCAGUUGGGUCUGGACCAGCGUGCCGUGUCACUGGACAUGCUUUCCCCAGAGCGCCGUGCCAUCUUCAACAGCCUGGACACCAACAGCUACAAGACCUCUUCCCAGGAGAGCAUCGACACCAAACUGAACAACCUCCGGCUGCGGGGGGCUGAGCAGUGCGAGCGGCACUCCAACCACCAAACCACUUCUGAGGACAACAUUUUCAACCGCCUCGGCUCCGUCACCAAGAUGGCCAAGCGCAACAGGCAUCGGGACCUGAAGAAGAACAUCCCAGACGAGACUCGCCGGCCUCAUAGCGAGGCAUAUGGCUACAGUACAGCCACCUUCGACUGCAGCACACACUCUGCAGAUGAAGGGAAAAGAGAGGAUGAGAAUGAAGACAAGGAGUGCAACACUAGCUUGUCCGAUUUCCCGCUGUUUUUGGAAGCUUGCAAGCCACAGAAUGGGUUUAUUCCAGAGCAGACCAAAGAAAAUGAGAGUGAGAAAACACUUGAAACAAAAGAGCUGCAUAUUCAGAUGGGCCCUUAGACAGUGUAUUCCUACAAAGAGGUUUUAAAUACCACCAUAAGUGCCUUAGGUCUCCCUUAAUCCAGUGUGUGCUUACAGAAGGGCAAUAUCUGUCCCUUUGUGCUAUAUCCUGUGUUGUUGACAGUAUUCACUGUGCCCUAUGAAUCUGAUGGACACACACUCUAAACUAGAAAUGCAACACCUGUUUUCUAUAAGUGUGCUCUGCUAAAUGAUGGUCAUAUUUAAAAAGUUGCCUGCUUAUAGGCAUUUACAGGAUAAUAACGUCUUAUUCUGCAGCUGUGGACAUUAUUUCUCCCAGUUAUG